UGCCUGCACCCACUCCUCAGUAGAUUGGAGGUAUUUCAUGUGAAACUCUAUCGAUAAUGAAUCUGGAAUAUUCAAAAAACUUCAUGAUUCUUUUAAAAAGUGCUCUGCCAAUGGAUCUGAUGGCAGAAUGUUGGAAAAUACUAGUCCACUUGGACUGAAUUUUUUUGUAUAAUUUAGAUUUCUAUCCGGUCGAGUGUCAUUGAAUUUUUUUAAUGAUUAAAUGAAGUUAAUUUGAUGGAGUCAGUUAUCUGAAAUUUGAGCUAUGUAGCUUUUAUCAGAUCAGAAGAACUUGAUUAUUUUUCCACGGAUUGUGAACCUACCCUGAAAAUGUCGAAUCUCUAGCACAUUUCGUUUGAGAGUAAUCCUGUACAAGGACGGAAUUGAAUAUGACCAAGGAUUCGUCACCAGUUUAACCUUCUGUCUGAGUUAUGGUAUUGGAAUUCUAUAUGUAGAAAAUGUGGAAAAUAUUUAGAAAUUUGAAUUUAGCGAGAGUUUAUGAAUUUAAUGGUACCAGGUUCAGCACAGAAUGUCUAAAUUUGCAGAAAAUGACUAAAAAACCAAAUCUAGAUUUAGAAGUCGAAAGAAUUGUAUGGAUUGAUAUGGAGAUGACUGGCUUAGAUAUUGAAAAGGAUAAAAUAAUGGAAGUGGCGUGUUUGGUUACAGAUUCCAACUUAAAUAUAAUUGCUGAAGGUCCUGAUCUUAUAAUCAAUCAUCCAAAAGAAGUAUUAGAUACUAUGAAUGAUUGGUGCAAAACUCAACAUGCUAAAACAGGACUAACAGAAGCUUGCCUGAAAUCCCAAACCUCAAUUGCUGAUGCUGAAAAAAUUUUAUUAGAUUUUGUGAAAGAACAUACAACAUCAAAAUGCAGUCCUCUUGGGGGAAAUAGUGUUUAUAUGGAUCGACUGUUCUUGAAAAAGUUCCUGAAGAAUGUUGAUGAACAUCUACAUUAUCGCAUCAUUGAUGUAUCAACAGUGAAAGAAUUGUGCCGAAGGUGGAAUCUAGAAGUUUAUAAAUCUACACCCAAAAAAGAUUUUAGUCACAGGGCAUUAAAUGAUAUCAAAGAAAGUGUUGGAGAAUUAAAGUUUUACAAAGAAAGAUUUUUUAAAACUGAUAACAAUUGAUAUUUAAGUUUAAUUUUAAGUGUAUGUAUGUGCAGAUAUAUAAAAGAUGUGUCAUUUAAAAGUAAACUAAUUUGAAUUACACAAACUUGAUCUUCACUAAAAUUAAGUUUUAAUGCUUGUAAACUUUAAAAGUAAAUUGAUGAUGUUGUAAUUGAUUGCUUCCAUAAUUAUUUCGAAGUUACAAAUAAAUCAUUUAAUAAUCGAUAUAUA